GUUCAGAAAGACCCCGCAAAAUCCCUGGAAACGUAGCUGCGGCCAGCCCCGAACAGGUUGUCCUCGGCCCUGUUUACAGCCCUCUCGCUCUCUGGAGGGGCGAUUGCUCAUUCUCACAUGUGACAGGCAUUUCAGCUGGAAACUCGACCUCUUCUCAAGCACAUGUGACCCUGAGAUAAAUUAUAAAUAGACAAGUGCUAGGAGACAAAGGCAGGAGCAAGAAGCUGAGCUCAGAACGUGGUCCCGUUGAAGAAGCCAGGAGAGACCCAGGACAGUUUACUGAGGAGCUGCCAACGAGCCAGGAGGAGCCGGCAGUGGGAUAUAACUCGGAGAGGUCGGCCGGCACAAUGGAUUACCAGUCCAGCAUUAUCCGAGACUCCACCCCCAUGGAGAACCUGGAGAAGCAGCUGAUCUGCCCCAUCUGCCUGGAAAUGUUCACCAAGCCCGUGGUGAUCCUUCCCUGUCAGCACAACCUAUGUCGGAAAUGUGCCAGCGACAUCUUCCAGGCUGCUAACCCAUACUGGCAGAGCCGGGGGACCACCCUCUCCGGGGGGCGCUUUCGUUGCCCCUCCUGCCGUCACGAAGUGAUCCUGGACCGGCACGGAGUCUACGGCCUGCAGCGGAACCUCCUGGUGGAGAACAUCAUUGACAUCUACAAGCAGGAGUACUCCAGCAGGCCCCUGAAGAAAGGAAACCACCCCAUGUGCAAGGAGCACGAAGACGAGAAGAUCAACAUCUACUGCUUGACCUGCGAGGUGCCCACUUGCUCCAUGUGCAAAGUCUUCGGAGCUCACAAAGACUGCGAAGUUGCACCACUUCAGAACGUCUUUCAGGGGCAAAAGAUGGAGCUGACCAACUGCAUCUCCAUGCUGGUGGCUGGGAACGACAGAGUCCAGACGAUCAUCAGCCAGCUGGAGGACUCCUGCAAAACCACCGAGGACAACGGCCGGCUGGUGAAGCAGGAGCUGUGCGAGAAGAUUAACGCCCUCAUUGCAGUCCUGGAGGAGAAGAAGAGCGAGCUGCUGCAGAAGGUCACAAAGGAGCAGGAAGAAAAGACCAGCUUGGUGCAGGCUCUGAUCCAGCAGUACAAAGAGCAGCUGGAGGAGUCCACCAAGCUGAUGGAGACAGCGUUUCAGUCCCUGGAGGAGACAGGAGGGGCCACUUUUCUCACAAAUGCCAAGCAGCUCAUUAAAACAAUUGUGGAAGCCUCAAAGGGCGGCCGUCUGGGGAAGAUCGAGCAAGGCUUUGAAAAUAUGGAUUACUUCACCCUAGACCUGGAGCACAUAGCAGAAAUCUUGAGAGACAUCGACUUUGGAACAGGAGAUGAGGAAGAGGAAGAGCUAAAUGAGGAAGAAGAAGAAACAGAAGAGGAGUCGUCUCAAGAAAGGAAAGUGGAUGCACCUCAAUAACAGAGCAGAAGCAAUUCCCAAGCCAGAAGAAACUCCCCAAGUGCAGAGUGGAUGAGUGAUUGGGGGCAAUGGGGUGGGGGCAAACGCUCUGACUUCGUGGGAGCUACGGGAAGGGUGGGCCGGGGUCCCAGCUGAAGAAAAAAAGGUCAGGCACCACCUGGCCAUACGACAGUAUUGCUAACUCAGGAUGAAAACUUGACCGAAGCACAUAGAAGCUCACUUUUAUACAUGGGUGCAAAUUAGAAUAUUUCGUACAUUUUAUAUUGUUCUAUUAUUUUGUAUAUAAUUGUAACAGGACUUUGAAUUUUGUGUAUUUUGAAAAGAAAACUCCUUUACUUACCAGUUCGUUGUGCGCUGAAGAUGUUGACUCUGGGAAUUAAAGAGCUUCUUUGCAACCUGUAGGGGAUACACUGAGGGGAGUGCCAGACCUUGGCAGACAGAAGUAACUUUAGCAACAAGAAAGGGUUUUGGGGGACUAGAAAGAGGCAUCUGAAGAGAAAGUUCUGCAUUGCAAUGCAUAGUCCUAACUCACAAGAGAUUUAUUAGGGUUGAUGUUGCACUUUGUCACAAUAAAGUAGAUCCGGUCUUA